AUGAACACGCUCCGUGCCGCGCGCUUUCGCCUUGCUUCUGUGCACCACCAGCUCUACCCUCCCAUCUCUUCGCCGAGGACGCGCCUCUUUGCAACCAUGGCGGCCACCAAGACGACAGACCCCAGCACCUACAAGCUGAACCACACCAUGCUGCGGGUCAAGGACCCCAAGGAGUCGCUCAAAUUCUACGAGACCAUCGGCCUCAAGCAGAUUCGCAAGCUGCAGUUCCCCGAAGCCAAGUUCGACCUCUACUUUCUGGCCUACGACUCGCCGUCGGCCGUGUCGGCGGGCCACAGCGUCUUUGACCGCGAGGGCGUCAUUGAGCUGACGCACAACUACGGCACGGAGACCGACCCCGACUACAAGAUCAACAACGGCAACACGGAGCCGCACCGCGGCUUUGGCCACACGUGCAUUUCCGUCGACAACAUCCAGGCGGCUUGCCAGCGCAUCGAGGAUGCCGGCUACACGUUCCAGAAGAAGCUGACGGACGGCCGCAUGCGCCACAUUGCCUUUGUGCUGGACCCGGACGGCUACUGGGUCGAGAUCAUUGGCCAGCGGCCACUCGAGGCCACGGCCGACGUCACCACGACGGACGUCACCACGUACCGCAUGAACCACACCAUGAUCCGCGUCAAGGACAGCGAGAAGGCGCUCCGGUUCUACCAGGAGGUCAUGGGCAUGUCGCUGCUGCGCACGGCGCCCAACCCGGCGGCCAAGUUCACCAACUUCUUCCUGGGCUACGCGGCCGGCAACGCCACCGACGUCCCCGAGGGCAUGGCCAAGGAGGCCCUGCGGGAGGGCGUGCUGGAACUGACGUGGAACCACGGCACCGAGUCGGACGCCGCGUUCAGCUACCACGACGGCAACAAGGAGCCGCAGGGCUUCGGCCACAUCUGCGUGUCGGUGGACGACCUCGACGCGGCGUGCCAGCGGUUCGAGGACCUCAACGUCAACUGGAAGAAGCGGCUGACGGAUGGCCGCAUGAAGAACGUGGCGUUUGUGCUGGACCCGGACGGCUACUGGGUCGAGAUUGUGCAGAACGAGCGUCUGGCGGGCAAGCCCAACUUUGACCAGUAA